AUGUGGAAUUUACUAAGCAGACAAAAUUCUAUAAGUAGUCAAGAAAAUUUCCAUGAUCCAAACCAAAAUGUCACUUCGAUAUUAUAUCAAGAGAAUGGUGACUUGGAACAAAAUAGUGAUUCAGAAAAGAAAAAUUAUAACAUCAUUGAUGGAAGUCUAGAAAAAAAUAGUGUAGAAGUCCAUGACGCUGAAAAAUCUGGAGAUCAAUAUGAUAUAUCUUCCGUAUCAUCUACCAAGGAUGAAAGUAUUGUCAAUUAUAAGACAUGCUCAUGGCAACAUACUGCGGGACUAAUGUUAUCAGAAUAUAUUGUUCUUGCAAUCAUGUCAUUUCCAUGGUCCUUUUCUAUUCUAGGUUUAGUGCCUGGUUUGAUUUUAACAGUAUUUGUUGCAAUAUGUGUUUUGUACACUGGGUUAAUUAUAUCUGAAUUUUGUGAAAAACAUCCACAAUUAAUGAAUGUUUGUGAUAUUGGUCAAUAUUUGUUUGGCGGUUAUAGAUCCGUUUGGUACGCUACUGCAAUUUGUUUCUUGGGUAAUAAUAUUUUAAUUCAAGGGUUGCAUGUAUUAGUAGGUGCUAAAUAUUUAAAUACAAUUACAGACCAUUCGCAAUGUAGUGUAGUUUUUUCAGUUAUUAUUGUCAUUAUUUCCUUAAUCUUUUCUUUACCAAGAAAAUUUUCGUCAAUGUCAAUUUUAGGAUAUUUCUCUGCAGGUACAAUGUUUAUUGGCGUUGUUUUAGCUAUGAUUUUUAGUGGUAUUCAAUCACAUCCUUAUAAAUAUAAUGGUACACCAGUUAAAUAUACGUUAUUUCCAGAAAAGGGGACUACCUACGUUGAUGCUAUGUGUGCCUGUUUGAAUAUCGUUUAUUCAUUUGUUGGACAAAUUACUUAUCCACAAUUUAUUUCUGAAAUGAGAAAUCCAAAAGAAUUUAGAAAAGUUUUAUGGUUAGUAACAGCAUGUGAAGUCAUUGUCUUUUCACUUGCUGGAUCAAUUAUAUAUGUUUAUGUGGGCAAUCAGUACAUGACUGCACCUGCAUUUGGUUCAUUAGAAAGAACAUAUAAGAUUAUUGCAUUCACUUUUGCAGUUCCAACAAUGGUUUUUGCUGGUGCUUUAUAUUCCAAUGUUUCUGCUAAAUUAGUUUUCUUUACUAUUUUCCAAAAUAAAAAUGAAAAAAUGUUACAGUUUAAAACAGCUUCAAGUUGGAUAUAUUGGAGUUUAUUAGUUUUACUUACAUGGAUUUUAGCAUUUAUUAUUGCAGAAGUCAUUCCAUUCUUCUCAGAUUUAGUGUCUUUAUUAUCUGCAUUGUUUGAUUGUUGGUUUGGUUUUAUAUUCUGGGGGGUUGCCUAUAUUAGGUUAAAGCAUGAAAAAUAUAAUUUUAGUAAAGGUGAGAGAAACUUCCAGAGAUUAACAUUUACUGAAAAGCUGAAUUUUAUUACUUGUGUUUUGUUGAUUAUAGUUGGGCUAUACAUUCUGGGUCCUGGGUUAUAUGCAUCUGUUCAAAGUAUUAUUAUCAAUUAUGAAAAAGACGCUUAUGGGGUUAUUUUUAGUUGCAAAUCUAAUGGUAUCUGA